AUGUGGAAUGACGAGGACAACAACCCAUACGGGACCAGCUUCGAUCGCCGCGAUUCCGUCACGUCGCCGUCGACCAACCCGAUUUCGCCCACCUCGCACGACUACCGGCCUUAUGAUGCCUCCCAAACCCCGACUUCGGGCAGCGAAGAUGAUCAGCCCGUCUUCGGCCGCGGCGCACCGACCGGCGGUGUUGAUCGCGAGGUAGUUCAGGCCGACGACGCUGCGUCGAGGAGGAAACCGGGACGGUACAACAGCCGCAUCGAGCAAAUUCUCUACGAGCACCCGGACAUACCCAUCAUGAUCACCGAUGCUGGCAAGAGUCUCGAGAGCGGCGGACGGUACAUCGUUUACACCAUUCGAACUGGCGAUCUCGAAGUGCGACGCCGGUACUCGGAGUUUGCAUCGCUCAGAGAGGCUCUCACACGCCUGCAUCCUACCCUCAUCAUCCCCCCGAUCCCGGAGAAGCACACGAUGGCGGACUACGCAGCCAAACCGACGAGUGCCAAGCAAGACCAGCAGAUCAUCGACUUGCGAAAGCGCAUGCUGGCCGUCUUCUUGAACCGAUGCCGACGGAUGGAGACGGUGAGGAACGACGGCGUGUGGUGGAGGUUUCUCGACCCCAACGCGAGCUGGAGCGAGGUGUUGCAUUCGCAUCCCGUGGCAUCCAUCCCCAAGUCGGUGCUCAAGGCGCCCCCCGAGGACACUGCCAAUCCGACGGUGGCCCACAGCUUUCUUCCCGUGCCUGCAAGCUCGGCGAAGCUCAAGACGACGGCCGUCGACGGCCACCACCCGGCCGCCCAGCCGAGCAGCCACUUCAUCGGCCGCGCCCCGCCUCCGACGGGAGAGCAGAGCGAGGUGGAUCUUGACCCGUACUUUGUCGCCUACGAGGCCUCGAUCAAGGAACUGGAACAGCUUCUGACGGGCCCCAUGGAAAAGGUCAACCGUCGAACGCUCAGCCACCUGUCGGCGUUGGCCGCCGAUCUGUGCGAACUGGGCUCUCGAUACAAUGCCUUUGCCCUGUCGGAGCAGGCGCCAUCGCUCGGCCCGGCCAUCGAGAGGAUCGGCCAAGCAGCCGACCUGUCCUACAUUGCGACCGAGGAGCUGUCGGGCUCCCUGGGCGCCAGCUUCGCCGAACCGAUGCGAGAGAAUGCCCAGUUCGCCGGUGUCGUCAGGAGCGUGCUGCGGUACAGGGUCCUCAAGCGCGUGCAGCAGGAGCUGACGUCGCACGAGCUCAGCAAGAAGCGAGCCCUCCUCGACCAGCUGGAGCGCAGCGAAGCCGAGGCGAAACGGAUCGAGCAGUACCUCUCCAGCAGCCAGCAGGUCUCCCCGCCGCCGAAGCGGUCGACGAGUCUUAAGGAGCCGCCGACGCAGCACCGGCGCGAGGGAGGCCAAGAGGACACGGAGUCGAUCGACUCCGACUUUCCCCCGACGCACGGCGAUUUCCCUUCGCCGCCUCCGUCGGCGAGUCAGGGCUUGCCCGAGAGGAGCGAGCGUGUCUCGCACCGGAAGAUGCCGAGCGGAAAUUCGAUUACGAAUAAAAUCUUUGGUCCGAUCCGCCAUGCCGUGCAGGGGGUCGUCGAUGUCGACCCCGAGCGAACACGGAGAGACACGAUUGGCAAGACGAGGGAGUCAAUUGGCCAGCUGGAACAAGCCCAGGUGGUUUCUGAGCGGGAUGUGAAGGAGGCGAGCGCCAGCGUCCUCGAGGACAUGAAGAGGUUCCAAAAGGACAAGGAAGAUGACCUGAGACGGUACAUGCUUGCGUACGCGAAGAGCCAGAUCGAAUGGGCCAAGAAGAGCAAGCUACAAUGGGAGGAGGCACGGGCAGAGGUCGACAAGAUAGACGAGACCUGA